AUGGCAUCGCUCCCCAGGACGUUAUGGUGCCUCUUGUUGUUAGGCUGUCUCUUUGAGACCUAUGCGCGGAUACUUUCGCAGGGCGACCCGGCUGCGCCGGCCGACCUCUAUCGCGACGACAAUCAUCAAUCGCCGCUCCCCGUGAAUCUAUACAAACAGACAUUGCGCGAUCUAGUAGACGCUCUCGAUGUAAUGCAGGAUGAAUACUUUGUCCUCUGGGAGGGCACAUGGCCGUCUGGCAAUGACUGGACUAGGGCUGUCCAUGGAACGCAUGUGUCUGCGACACUCACUGCGCUCUCUACAUCCAUGGACGAUAAGUUGAUGGCGGAGCUGCUAAGAAAUGCUAGCGAAUCUGGCGACGGGGAGGCUACUCAGAAACCCGUGGCGCUCGAGAACCUGGUCAGCCGUUUCUUCGCACAAGUUACGACGUACUAUUUCGGAGAGAACGAUUUCGCGCUGAGAAACCAGGCGUACGAUGAUAUGCUAUGGGUUGUGUUGGGAUGGCUGGAGAAUAUCAAGUUCCAGGUGCUGCAUUCCGAUUUGCACUAUGAGGGCUUGUCCAGGAGUGGUGGACGGCCGUGGCAUGGGACGCAGUUUCAGACACCGGCGGCGCACCGUGCUCGGAUAUUCUAUGACCUUGCCUCAGCGGGCUGGGACACAGCCGUUUGCGAAGGCGGGAUGAUUUGGAGUCCGUAUCUACUACCGUACAAAAAUGCUAUCACGAAUGAAUUGUAUAUAUCGGCCAGCAUUGGGAUGUACCUCUAUUUCCCCGGUGACCGGAUCGAUUCACCAUUUGUACAGGGCGGAGACUCUGAUGACGGUUUACCUCAUGAUCCUGUUUAUCUUCGCAGAGCGCAAGAGGCAUACAGAUGGCUGAAGCACUCUAAUAUGACAGGGGUGCACGAUUUGUAUGGCGAUGGGUUUCACAUCAGUGGCUACAAAAGUCCCCAGCAGCCGGGAACAGCUCGAUGUGACGAGCUCAACACAAUGGUGUACACAUACAACCAAGGGGUGGUACUAAGUGGGCUAAGAGGACUUUUCCUGGCCACCGGAUUAGAAGAGUACCUCUCUGACGGGCACGAGCUCAUCAAGAACGUCCAAAGAGCAACGGGUUGGCCUAAUAUAUACGACCAACGCUGGAAGGGCCUCGGCCGCGCAGGGAUCCUCGAAGACCAUUGUGAUUCAAAGGGUGACUGCUCUCAAGACGGCCAAACAUUCAAGGGCAUCUUCUUCACCCAUUUCGCAGAGUUCUGCCGACCUCUCCGCCCACAGGAGGAGCGCUUUCUCCGCACACAAUCGUGGUUGCAGAGCCGUCGCUUCGAGCUCACCUAUGAACUACACCAGUCGUUGUGCAGAACAUACCGUCCCUGGAUCGAGCGCAACGCUGAGGCAGCUUUAGUUACGCGAAACCAAGAGGGCAAAUUCGGUAUGUGGUGGGGGAAGCGGCACCAGGUGUUUGACGAUGACGGUGAGGAUGAGGGUUCGAUGUCCCGCGAAAUCAACCCUCUACCAGACGGCGCAACAGACUACCGCAACCACCCCGAGCUGAUGCCGCCGUCCUGGUCGACAAACGCGACGUCAGCGCCGGAAUCCAAGGGAGCGGCGGUGCAGGCUCGAAACGGACAGCCUGAAUACAACGACCGUGGCCGAGGACGUACAGUGGAAACGCAGUCUGGCGGCGUCUCGGUCCUCCGAGCCUUAUUCCAAUGGAAAACGACCCCAUCCCUGUUCGGAGACUUCAUAUGA